AUGUUGCGGGGCUGUCGCCGUACCGUCAGGUUGAAGAACAAGCUCAGGCUCGGCAAGAGCCUCUUCGAGAAGAUUUUCAUGGGAAACCUAAUCGCUGUGGGUCAGACUCGGGAACUUCGCCACCAGCUGCCAUUUUGCUACUAA